UUGCAAGAACAAGAACACUGGAUACCUUGGAAUUAAAAGAGCUAUUAAGGUGACGGACACUCACAUCAGCUGGAGUUGGUGCAACCAGACCUUUCCUUAUGGAUUGUGGGCACAUUUCUACCAGUAAAUUGUCUGCUUGGAUGAUUAAUGACUUCUGAAUUGCUGUAAGAAUCUGGUGAAUGAUCUUUGGUUGAAGAACUGUCACCAAAACCUGAGUGCAAAUUACAAACUGCAGAAUUUUCCAGUUCAGGAAAAAAGGGAAAGAAACAGAUGUAAAUGACCUCUUCUUGAACAAAAUGUUCUUUCCAGUGCCUUGGGUGGACUCUAGGAAGCCAGCGCUGCUGGGCAGCCUCCUGUUGCUGAUCUCCUCACAAAUAUUGGUAAAAAGGGCUAUGUCCCACAUCCUGAUGGAUAUGGCUCUGAAUUCUUUUGAUGACCAGUAUCUGGGGUGCAGAGAGGAGAUGAUGGAAGAACUGGAGCAAGGAGACUAUUUUCAAAAGGAAAUAGCUGCUAACAAGGACUAUUUGAGCCUCUGGAAGAAGGCUCAGGAAGCUUUGUUAAAGAGCCCUGUAGGUCUCCUGAGGGAGAUGCAUGACAGCCAUGGCAUAGUCCUCAUGGCUUACACCAUGAACUCUUCCCUGCACUCUCAGCUGAACUGGGCUACAUCUACAGCAGGAAUCUCUCCAGAGCACUACAGACACAACUUCAGUUUCAAAUAUUUUCACUUUUACCUAACAACUGCUAUCCAGAUAAUGAAGGAAUGGCAGAGCAGCAAGGAAAGCAUGGGGAAACGUAAGUGCUACCAGGUGCACAGGGGUGUAAAAGACUUAUAUAUCGAGGCCACGGUAGGCAGCAGGGUGCGAUUUGGCCGUUUCACUUCCACCUCCCGCCUCAGGAGUGAAGCCCAGAAGUUUGGGAAUGAAACUUUGUUUACAGUGACUACUUGCCUGGGAGCAGCUAUGCAAGGCUUUUCUUACUACACAUCUGAGAAGGAAGUCCUCAUUCCCCCUUACGAGAUAUUUCUUGUCAAAAACUUCAUUCAGACGCAGGACGGUAACCGGCUGCAUCUUCAUUCUGUGGGGAACUACAGCAAGUACCACUGCCAGCUGGUGGAAGCUUCAAGAUGUAAGAACAGUGGUUCCGCUGCCCUUGCCUCUGCCAUUCUUCCUGCUGUGGUUGCAGUUUCUAUGUGCUUGGCCCACAGUCUUUGGUUCUCUGGCUGCAUCCCAUGAAUAGCAGCCAAGAAGAGUUCACAGACAUUCAGUCUCUGGAGUUCCUGUUGCUACAGAAGGUUUCAAACUUCCCUUUGCUUUCAGCUGCAACUCUCCAGCUAAGACUGGAACAUUCAGUCUGGUUCAUCAAAACAGACAUUCCCUGGACCCAUUCAGGUAGGAGGAAGGUUAUCUAUGGCCCUUCUGAAGACUAAGUCUGGGAUACCCUUCACUGUAGGUAGCUUUUCCCUUAGGCAUUCAGGAAAGACACACAGGGACUUUGGACCCUUUAUUUAGUACCUUUAUUUUUAGUGAGAAAGUGUCUGUCUACGGGUUGUGAAAGGCACCACAGUGGUAAAGUCAAGUGGGUAACUGUGCAGCCUUGCAUAUCUCCUUUGAGUGCAGGGUCCCAGGAGACAGUAAAAUCUGUGGCACAGCAGUUUUUCCCAGCUGCAUGAUGCCAUGCACCAAUGCCACAGCUCUCAUCUCAGGCUGAUUGUCUGCAUCUCACACACAGGGGACAGAAGCAUGAAGCUGU